CACUACUAAUUCAAACUAGUAGACGGAUUAUUAUAAAAUCAAUACAACAUCUAAGCUAAAUCACUACUAAUUCAAACUAGUAGUAGUUUUUCCCUUAGUUAGAACAGUGCUAACUAUUGUACAAUUAGCACCGUAACCGCUCCCGCGCAUUACUAGUUCCCAAAGCAACUCACUUAACAGUCAACAACAGAAAUGGAGGUUCACCCAUUCUUAGGCUCAUCAUUUAUUAUCCCACCAAAACCGUUACCAAUACAUAUUACUACGAACCAAAACGGGCCAAAUCACCCACCCAACUACACUCAUUCAUUGCACACUCUACACCCUCCCAACCAUAAUCUUCCCUCUCCAUAAUCCUUAUAUCUAUUGCGAUUCGCGAGCACUCCUUUGAAUUGACCGUCUGUUGGACUUAGAUUUACCCACACUCUCACAGAAUCAAAGGAAAGGCCCGAAAAUGUCGUCAGCUUCCACCGCCGUGAUCUUCAUCCUCAUCACCACCACCACCACCACUCUCUUUUUCCUCCCAACCACCACCACCGCCGCCGCUCCGCCGCAGUCCUCCUUCAAGAAGAUCUACGCCUUCGGGGACUCCUUCACCGACACGGGCAACACGAAGUCGGUGGGGCCCGGCGGAGGGUUCGGCCACGUGUCCAACCCGCCGUACGGCUCCACCUACUUCCACCGCCCGACCAACCGCUACUCCGACGGCCGCCUCGUCAUCGACUUCGUCACCCAGUCCCUCUCCCUCCCGCUCCUCCCUCCCUACCGCUCGCUGCGGGACCCGCGAGCUGCCAGGAACGGAGUCAACUUCGCCGUCGGAGGGGCGACGGCGAUCAAGCACGCUUUCUUCGCGAAGAACAACCUGACGCUGGACAACACCCCCGAGUCGAUCCAGACCCAGCUCCGCUGGUUCGACGAGUUCCUGGCGAGCCAGGGUUGUAACGGAACAGCGUCGGCGUCGGCGGCGUGCGGAGCGGCGGUGGAGGAUGCGCUGUUCUGGGUCGGGGAGAUCGGAGUGAAUGACUAUGCCUAUAUUCUUGGAUCUGAAAUCUCCGGCGAUGUGAUUCAGAGACUUUCCGUUGCCACUGUUACCAACUUCCUGGAGGCACUGCUGAAGAGGGGAGCGAAGAACAUGGUGGUCCAGGGCCUUCCGCCGUCCGGAUGCCUAACCCUAGCCAUGUACCUAGCGCCCGAGGACGACCGCGACGAGCUGGGCUGCGUGAGGAGCGCCAACAACCAGACCAGCGUUCAUAACUCCAUAUACCAGUCCAAACUCGACGGGCUCCGGGCCCGCUACCCGGAAGCCUCCAUCGUGUACCUCGACUACUGGAAUGCCUACCGGUCCGUGGUGCGUAACCCGGCGAAGUACGGGAUGAAGGAGACCUUCAAGGCAUGCUGCGGGUCCGGCGACCCGCCGUACAACUUCAACGUCUUCGCCACGUGCGGCACCCCCGGCGCGGCCGCCGUGUGCCCCGAUCCGGCGCAUUAUAUCAACUGGGACGGGGUGCAUCUCACGGAAGGGAUGUACAGGGUGCUGGCCGAUAUGUUCGUCAAUGGCACUUUCAGUUCGCCGCGCUUUUCCACCCUGCUCGCUUAAUUGAAAUUACUUAAUUAGGAAGUAUUUCUUUUGGGUAAUUUUGGGUUCUGUGAUCUAGAUAUAUAUGAUAUAAUAAGGUUGAAGGUAAGGUUGUUCGAGCUAGCGUUGUAUAACGAAAUUGGAAUGGUAAUUUGGAUGGAUAUGUUGAACCAUGUAGCUUCUUGGAUUACCGAUUCCUAGAAUGAAUAGUAUCAUGAAGCGGUCCACUUGAUUUUCAUCUCGUAAUUCGUAGGUUUGAAUGGCGAGGUUGAGACGGCCAGGAAUCAAAUCCAGCUAAUUAAUCCACUGUUGAAGUUCAAUGUGGCUUAAUUACAAGGCCAUUGAUGAACAGGUUGACAGAUGGAUGAUGACAAGGGGGGAACUAUAAUGCAAAUGGAAGAUACAAUUCUCAUGGUCUCUCUUUUCCUGCCUAGAUAUAUAUCAAUAACGACAAAGUUAGGUGCAAAACCUUGAAUCUCAAACUCAAGAAACACUCCAGAGAAAACAUGUCAAGUUUCUGUACAGCUAAUUAAUACAAUCAAACAACGCCAUUUUAGAAAAGACAACAAAAGAACUUUACGAUGUAGGGCUGCAAAUGAGUCGAGCUGAGCCGAGUUUUACCCCAGUUUGAGCUUGACUCGUUAACAAAUGAGCUAAGCUCGAGCCCGAGCCAUUUAUUAACAAGCUGAGUCGAGUCGAGUUCAAGCUAGGCUUGUUUACUAAAUUCUUAGAUCGUAUUUGAUACAUUCAUUUUGUAUGUCGUGUAUGGUACAUGUGAUUGAUAUAGCGAUAAAAAAAUAAUCAAAUGUUCAACAUUAAUUAAUCUUAUUUUAUAAUUUUUAGGUGUCAUAUUGUUUAGCUAAUAAAUUUGAACUAGUUCAAAUCAUGUUAUUUCAUAGUAUCGAAACAAUUUUGUACAUAAUUUCUUUAUAGAAUUAAAAAUAAGGCAUAUAUUUUCUUACAUGUUCAACAUGUUAAACUUCACAUGAUGUGAGAUAUAUAAUUUAACAAUCCUAUGAAUUAUGAAAGUCCAAAUUAGAUCGAUUAGUCCAUAAGUCGGUGAUCAAGUUGGCCCUCAAACCACAAUGUUGAGAAAUCUCAUGAGCUUUAAAUGAGCCAACUCACGAGUUGAGCUCAACAAGCCACCGAGUCGAGCUAGUUCGCGAGCUUCACGAGCUGAACAAAGCUAAGCUCAAGCUUGGCUCGUUAGUAAACGACGAGUUUCGAACGAGUUUUUCCCGAUUCGAGCCUCGAGUUGCUCGCGAGUAGCUUGGCUCAUUUGCAGCCCUAUUUACGUGUAACUACAAUAUUACACGAGAAAAAACAUGUUGAGUAUCCAUCCAUUCAGAUAACGAACAAUAAUAUUCAAAUCUCUUAUGAAAAUCACACCAUGGAGGGAGUACCAGAUUGAAGAACGAAUAGCAUACCCCACAGCUUAAUACAACAAUUCACAAAUCGAGCAAAUGUGUUAAUUAGGUAUUUCAACCCAAUGAGAACAUCAAAAUUAUUUUGACUAGUUGAUAGGGUGCUAAAACAUGAGAAGGCCUAUUAUAAGGUCAAUCGAUUACCUUCAUGCCGAUAAUGUCGAUCUUUUGAUGCUUUGAUCGACCUUCAUAAGUCAUAUAGAAAAACAACUUCAACUUAUUGUUAUUGUAAAUAUCUUCAAUUGUAACCAAUGAAUAUGAAUAAUAUUU